CGUGUAAUUGAUCGAAUAUAUUUUGUAUAAUUAUGUGUCGAAGGAAAUAUUAUGGCGAAACAGAGUGUAGAAAUAUACACCAGCAGUUACUGUUAUUGUGAAUAGUACACACACUUCAAUAUCAGACUUGGUUAGAUCUGAAUAAUACAGCCAUGUACCGCAUAUGAAACUUGGGCAAGUGCAGAAUCGUGCUUUGGAGUGAUCGAAAAGUGGUUAUUCUAUAAGCUCCCUGAUCGCAACAACAGUUAUCUGAAGUUUCCCCGCACGAUCAAGUUACUGUUUAUGCCGAUCGCUGUCUGAAUUCGGUCAUUUAUAGCCCAGGAUGAGCCGAUCCGACCUGCCAUUUCAUGCAAGAGGCUACGAUGCAAAUUCUGAGUCGGCAAGUUCGCCUACGGAACACGAAGCGCUGAGUCCAACAAAGGCUGAUCGACCAGCAGAGUUCUCGAAAAAGCACGAAAUAGACCCGUCGAAAAAGCACGUCUCCGUGUCUGUUCCCGGCGUCGUCAAGCCAAAAGCUCCUGUCAAGAAAAAGAAAGUCGCACCGACGCUUGACGUCAAGGACGAGAUCUCGAAAUGCCGUGAGAAGGGAGCAACGCGUCUCGACCUUAGCAAAGCAGGGAUUCAUAGUCUUCCAAAAGAUAUUAAAGAGUUAAAACAACUUACAGAGCUGUUUGUUUAUGGCAACAAGCUAGCAUCACUUCCAACCGAGAUUGGGACGUUAAGUAACCUAAAUAUGUUGGCUCUCAACGAGAAUAGCUUGACCACAUUGCCAGAUAACCUCGUCAACCUGUGCUGUCUAAAAGUUCUGGACUUGCGACAUAAUAAACUCAAAGAGAUCCCAAGUGUGGUGUAUGAGUUAACAUCAUUGACCGUUCUUUAUCUUCGUUUUAAUCGCAUCACUUACGUCGAUUCGGCAAUCUCGAACUUGCGGUUGAUUACAAAGUUGAGUCUGCGUGAAAAUAAAAUUCGAGAAAUUCCUUGCGAAAUAGGCUAUCUUAUUCAUCUGGUAACAUUGGAUGUUUCACAUAAUCAACUAGAGCUCAUUCCACAAGAAAUUGGGAAUUGUGUUAAUAUGACGUCACUGGAUCUGCAACAUAACGAGUUACUAGCGUUGCCUGAUUCUCUCGGUAACCUGACCGCCCUGACGCGACUUGGUCUAAGGUACAAUCAACUAUCAACAAUUCCUCACACAUUGGCUAACUGUACAUCAUUGGAAGAAUUUAACAUUGAAGGAAAUCACGUGACGGAGUUACCCGGGAGUCUCCUGGCAAAUUUCAAACAGUUAAAUUCGAUAACGUUGUCAAGAAAUAAAUUUGAAAAUUUCCCUUCAGGGCCUCCGAAACAACUUGAGACUGUAACAUCGUUUAACCUGGAUCAUAAUUCAGUGCAAAAGAUCCCUUUUGGAAUACUGUGCCGUGCGAAAUAUCUGUGUAAACUGAAUCUUAGUAACAACCAAAUUUUGGCUCUGCCUGUUGAUUUUGGUACGUGGACUACGUUGGUCGAGCUCAAUCUUGGUACGAACCAAGUUAGCAAGUUAAACGAUGAUAUUCAUUCGUUAGUGAACCUUGAAGUUCUGAAUCUCAGCAACAAUUUACUCAAGAAACUGCCUCGUGGUAUCGGGGCUCUCAAAAAACUCAAGACACUCGACGUUGAAGAAAAUCAACUGGAGAGUUUACCUGCAGAAAUAGAAUAUCUAAGAAGUUUAGAAAUUUUAAACGCUCAAUCGAAUCGUCUACAGACUUUGCCAAGGUCGAUAGGAUACCUUAACAACCUGACAAAGUUAAGUGUGGGAGAAAAUGAUAUCACUUAUUUACCUGAGGAGAUAGGAACGUUAGAGAGUUUAGAGCAACUGUAUUUAAAUGACAAUGAAAACUUGCAUUUUUUACCGUACGAGCUCGCUCUGUGUUCCUCGCUUCAAAUCAUGAGUAUUGAAAACUGCCCACUUAGUCGGUAUCCGCCGGAAAUCGUCGUGGGAGGACCGUCAAUGGUUAUACAGUACCUUCGGUUCCAGGGUCCUUACCGCGUGAUGCCGAAUGACCCUAACCAAGUUCCCGUCUCAGAUCUGUAGGCUUGGUGCCAAGACGGAAGAUCGUACACAGGACCGGCGUCCGGGUCUAGUAAAUAUUUGGUGUGGAAAGUUUUAAUAGUUUUAGGGAUUUUAUCAUAGUGUAACUACGAGUUUGUAUACUAGUUAAUGGAUAACCUUUCUAGCGCCCACUGAUCUUUUGCGCAGCAAUCAAGGUCCCAGAAUGCAUCGUUCCUUCGCGGAAUAGAAAAUGAAUCAUAAACAAUGAAACGAUGAAAAGUCAUCGGUACAGUUAGGAAAAGAAUUCAUAAUUUUGAAGCUUGAUGAUUGGUUGCAAAAAAAUAUGAAAUCUAAAAAGUAUGGUCCUGUGAUGUUUUUAAAUUUUGUAUGUUUUUUCACGUGCGGAAAGUUGAUAGCUUUUCUGUGGAAAUGGAGCGCCAUCUAAUUGAAGAUGUACUGAGUUUGAAAACUUCGUAGUGCCAUACUCCACUUUUUCACUAUUUUGCAACGAAAUGUAGUCGAAACUGUACUCCUAGUGGUCGAACCUUCAGCUAAGCUGAGAUUCUAUGCACGCGGCGAAAUGUCCCGCGUGGUAUUAUACUACGCUCAGCUACUAGACAUUUGUGUAAUGGGGUUAUUUGAAAGGCAAAUUAGGGGAAAAAAGUCGCAUGUGUUGAAAAACAAAUGUUAUUUUACUUGUCGGGCUUCUAAAGCCCCAGAAGGGAAAUCACAGGUUACAAACAUGUUGAAAACAGCAACUAACGUCUGUAUUUUAAAUGCACUCCCAAUCGAGACCAAGUAAAGCAUCACCAUAACGCUUUCUGCAGGAGAGAUACUGUCAUUUACUCUCAUAUUCGAUGAGGGUGAGUAUAUGCAAACUCGUGGAGCAAAGUUAAUUGAUAAAUUGUGAUAGGACUGAGCUUUUAAAAUACAGAAGAUACUCAUAGAUGAUGAACAACAAAAUAAUCUUGCACUUUUCUAAUUAUUUUAAUUGUAGCACGGAGAAUAUUGUGUAUUUCCAUGGUGUUGUAUUAAAUUCGAGGGAAUUUUAUCUGUAUAUAAAAAAACCUGCAAUUUGAAUAAUAGUGAUAGAGACUG